GCAGUUUUCUCAAAGGUCGUCUUGGAUCAAAACCCACCUGUCUAGGCCAAGACGAUACUAGGGGGUGGACCAUUUGACAUUUGAGGAAGGGUGGGUAGGAUAUUUUGAAAACAUACAUGUAUCCUGCAGGCAAACUUGUACCAAAAAAACCAGUCAUGUACACACUGCCGAACACAAAAAUUCACUCUCGUUUAGUGAGCCCAAAAAAACCAUGUUACACAGAGAUCAAAAAAACACCAUGCGUACACACGUCCCGAGAAAAAAAAUCCCCAUCUCAUGAUUGCCAGUGAAAGGAAUACAUGCCUGUUCCAGAUACCCCACCCCGGCUGAAAUGAUCCCCUCGGGGUCUAAUCCUAACGGCAAAAAGAACUAAUCAGCAAUCGUUUUCAUAGCGCGCUUUUUAUGCACUAACCAAUCAUUGCUAAGUUUCUAUGUUUGUGACUACCGGAGGCUGACUUUCAGUCCGUAAGCAAGUUUUUGGCGGCCGGGAAGCGAGCAGGAUGGCUGAAACUCAGUACAAACCUCCUGGGUUGGAACCUUGGGAUAUUGUCAUAGUGGUGCUCUAUUUCUUUAUUAUUCUUGGAGUGGGACUUUACGCCAUGUUCAAGUCUAAUCGGGGUACUGUCAGUGGAUAUUUCUUGGCUGGGAGAUUUAUGACAUGGCUUCCAGUUGGUGCAUCACUGUUUGCAAGUAAUAUCGGCAGUGAACACUUCAUUGGCUUGGCAGGAUCAGGAGCUGCUGGUGGAAUAGGAGUUGGAGCAUUUGAAUUUAAUGCUAUAAUGCUGCUUCAGUUGCUUGGUUGGGUGUUUUUACCUGUCUAUAUUGCUGGUGGGAUUUGCACCUUACCAGAAUAUAUUUGCCGUCGCUUUGGUGGCAAAAGGCUGAGAAUGUGGCUUUCGGUCGUCUCUCUUCUAUUGUACAUCUUCACCAAAAUAUCUGUCAAUUUAUUUUCUGGAGCUUUGUUUAUUCGCCUAGCUCUUGGAUGGAACCUUUAUUUGGCAAUUCUGUUGAUGCUUGGAAUGACAUGUCUCUGUACAAUUACUGGUGGACUUACAGCAGUGAUCUACACAGAUACACUCUGCACCUUUCUAAUGGUUACAGGAUCGUUAACAGUCAUGGGACUUGGGUUUUCUGAAAUUGGUGGUUAUGAGGGACUGAAGGAGAAGUACAUGAUGGCAGUGUCAAAUGACACUCUGUACUUGAAUAGCAGCUGUGGUCGGCCAAGAGAUGACUCAUUUGUCAUGCUGCGAGAUCCUCUCAAUUCUGACAUGCCUUGGGCUGGGUUCAUUUUUGGACAAACAAUUGCUUCCAUCUGGUAUUGGUGUGCUGACCAGGUUAUUGUUCAAAGAGCUCUUGCUGCCAAGAGUUUGUCUCAUGCUCAGGGAGGCUGCCUGUUGGCUGGUUACAUUAAGGUCUUGCCUCUCUUUACCCUGGUCAUGCCGGGAAUGAUCAGCAGGGUGCUGUCACCAGACCGAGUUGCUUGUAGUGUUCCAGAGAAGUGCAUGGAAAUUUGUGGCAGUGAGGUUGCUUGCACCAAUAUUGCAUACCCAGAGCUUGUUCUCAAACUGAUGCCGACAGGUCUCAAGGGAUUGAUGAUGGCUGUGAUGAUGGCGGCACUGAUGAGUGACUUGACGUCGAUCUUUAACAGCGCCAGUACUCUGUUCACUAUCGAUGUCUAUGGCAGAUUCAGAACAAAGGCUUCAGUGAGGGAACUCAUGAUUGUGGGAAGGAUCAUGGUUGCCAUAAUGACUGGGAUAGGUAUCCUGUGGAUUCCAGUUGUGCAGAAUGUACAGGGAGGGCAGCUUUUCCUUUACAUACAAGCUGUUAGUGCAUAUUUCUCUCCUCCAAUCGCAGCUCUUUAUCUGAUUGCCAUUCUUUGGACCAAGGCAACAGAAAAGGGUGCCUUCUGGGGUAUGAUUGUGGGGUUCAUUGUGGGUGCCAUUCGUAUGAUCCUGGACUUCACGCACCUGGAGCCUCGGUGUGGUGAAGAGGACACUCGCCCGUCAAUCAUAGCCAAGGUCCAUUACAUGUACUUUGCUCUGAUUCUCUUCUGGAUCACGGUCAUCACCAUUGUAGUUAUCAGCUUGUUUACAAAACCAAUGAAGGACGGAAAUGUAGCUCGGCUGACCUGGUGGACUCUGCACGAGAAACCAUCCGAGACGGACGUCAUGGAAGAGGCUAGAGACGAAGAGAUCGAGAUGCAAGAUCUGCCGGAUGAGGAAGGAGAAGGAGAAGGAGCUGAAGAAGGAAAGAAAACAGGAGGACAAGAAGAAGAAGAAGAGGAAGCGGGCGCUGAGAAUGAGCAAGAUGUGACUGAGAAGACUCCAGCAGUAGCUACAAGACCUAAAAGUCAUUCAUUCAGGCGUAAACCGGAGUCCAAACUAAAGCGAUUCUACUCGUGGUUCUGUGGCUAUGACGCAGAAACUGAAGAAGCCAAACGAGCUGCUCAUGAACAGCAUGAACGACUCGCCAUGAUUACAUCACUGGAACGGAANCCUUACGCCGAAACCUUCCUCAACAUUAAUGUCAUUAUUAUCCUCGCUGUUGGACUCUACCUUUACAUUUUCUUUUCAAUUUAAAGGUCUUGUCGUAGCCGGUUUUAUUGAUUUCCAAUCCAGUUUAACUGGUUUUCAAUCCUCAGAAUUGGGCCUUCCUCAACUAGUACUGUCAUGUCAUGUGACUAUUACCUUUUUUUCACAAUACAAAUAUGUUUGUAACCAGUUUAACCAGCCUUGGUGUGACUGGGCUAAUCCCUACCUCAGCCUUCCUCUUCGACAUUCUUUGUGUUGCUUUUUUUCGUUUUCCUUUUCUUUAUUCAGUUACAAUACUAACUUCACUUACAACAGCAGCAUUGCUUACAAUACUAACACUACUUACGCAACUCAGAUUACAACGCAGUUGACAAUGCUACGAAUUACGUUCAAAACAGUAACAUUACUUAUAAUACUAACUCUACUUACAAUUCUACUUUCUUUCAUAACAAGAAUUGAUUCUUCUUAACAGUGAUACUACUGAUAAUGACAGAACUAACAAUAUCACCACUAACAGAGAUAAUCCUAUUUGUCAACAAAACACUUCUAAAUAAUACUAGUUCUUGCAACAAAAAGGCGUCGUGUUUUCCCAUAUCGAUUUGUUUUGUUAUUAACGCUUUGUAGGUGCGUUCUAUUUUAAACAGGAAUAUCAUAGACACUGUAAUGUUAAAAGUUCUCAUUACAGCUAGUCAUUUAGUAAUGUAGAUAGCACAUUUUUAUAGCUAGUCAUUUAGCAAUGCAGAUAGCACAUUUUUAUUUAAUUUGUCGCAAGUUUCCCAGUUUACUAACAUUUUCUCCCGAAUACCCAAAAUUAAGAAAAAAAAAUAGCAUAUAUUUAUACCAUAAAUUAGAAUACAAGCAGACCAAAAUACCCCGGUAUAUUUUCAUAUUUGAAGGGUAAAAAUACCGUAUUCCCAAUUUACUGCUCCCACCCCCUCCUCCUUGUGGUGUAUCCCAAAUCCCUCCUGGAGAUCUUGAAAUUGAGGGUAGUCGUGGAAUCUAUUUGUUAAUGAGAUUUUUGUCUGACGAAAGUAUAACUUGAUGGGCAAUUCAUCUUUUUCACUGCAAACCGUCAGAAUUUCGGCGCAUUUCGAAUCUCAAGUUUGUAGUUGUUUUUUCUAUGUUGAUAAUUAAGAAAUAGAUAGCCUAGCAGUGUGCGUUUGUUAACGAACUGGCGGCCGCUCCUUUGAAUUUUCGAAGUGUCUGAAAAUUUUGAACCACUAGUGGAUUUAUACUAAAACAAUUAGAUUAUUCGCUCACGAUUUUUAUGCGUGAAAACAAGAUUUUAAACCAAUCAGCGCGCGUAUUUACAUAGGCCUAUUUCCUUAACAGUUAUGGGAUGCACAACAUUUGUGUCGGUCAAGAAAAACAGCCAUUUUGGCCACGCCUCGUAAGCAUUGUGUAAUAUGACUGUCAAAUAUAGUAACCAUGUUGGCUAAUCAAUGCCCGCUUAGUUUCUUUGUUUAUCUUAUUGUUUUAUGCUAUUGCAGAACUGUUGUUAGUCUAGUUUUCAUAGAGAGUGGGUUAGUAAAUUAUUAGGCCGGCUACAAAAUUUUAAAGAUAAAUGUGGUCGAUAUGGAUUAAUUGAUAGAUUGAUAAAGUCCUGAAGCUAGUAGGUAUUGAUUCAGGCUACAAGAUUUGUGCUACCGGCAAUGAUUUAUGGACUUAUGAACUUCAUAUGUAAUAUCGAGAAAAUGUACUCUAAUGAUCAGUGUAACCUGCACCCAAUCCUGUUCUCACAGCUUCGCCUCUCACUUUUUUUUUCAUCGUGCCACCCAUAAAAGCGCAGGCUAAAUUAAUAUGGUGUCGCGUUUUAACCUUCAGCACAAGAUGUAUGCGUAGUUUGUAACUCAUUCUUUAGAAAUCAAGAAGUAACCAUUAAAUAGACAUGGCGAUAAAUAGCAA